ACCUCGGCCCCGGAUGCCCCUCGGCUCGCCCCGGGCUCACGUCCCGAUCCCGGCUUGACUGGCCCGGGGUGGGGGACCUGGAAGUUUUAGCCUCGCUGCUCUCGAGGCGGAUUAAUUAGCCCAAGAAACAUUAUAUUCAUUUUUCUGGAAUGCUGCGGAAGGAUCCGUGCCAGAAACAAGCCUGUGAGAUACAGAAAUGUUUACAAGCCAACGACUACAGGGAAUCUAAGUGUCAGGCUGUCAUCCAGGAACUGCGUAAGUGUUGCACUCGAUAUCCCAGGGGAAGAUCGCUCGUCUGUUCGGGAUUUGAGAAAGAAGAGGCAGAAAAGCUGACACCGAAGUCCGCAUCGAAGUCCAGUUCUGCCGAGAAGCCACGUGCUGCAUCGCGGUUCCACCAAGCGAGUUUUGUUUAUCCUCCUGACUCUUCAGGCCAGGUAGCAGCAAGUAUCGAAUGAAAAAGUCAACUAUAAAAGUUAGUAAAUAUGCCAACUAUGCAGAACAGAUAGAAUAAUAUUAAACAAAUAUGUAGACUGUAAUAAAAAACAGCUGCUAAAAUAAACCCGUUAAGUGAA